CAGAAUUCUAGAUCAAUAUUAUCCCCAUUGACAGCAAUACGUGCCGUCAAAUGUUAUUUCGAUGAGUAACUUCUCACUGUCCAGACGAAAUGUCGGUAAUUUAUUUGAAAAAUCACGACGAGAAUAUUUAUAGCAUCACCACAAAACCUGUGCCACUGGUGAAAAAAUCACCGAGGUACCGUUCUAAGUACGCUGAUUAUGUAAGGAAGCCAAACGUCUACUCGACCAUAUGCAAGGAAUCCCAUAAGAGUAUGGGAAAACCAGUGGAAUGUCUGCCAAACCCCAAGGAUUUUUUGAGGAAAGGAACAGGAAAACAGCCUCAUUCUAGAUGUCGACCAUACGAUGACCCCAAGUUGGAGUUUCAGAAGAAGGGAACAUGCUAUCCUACCAGAGAUGAAGUUAAAAAAUUCAAUGAAGAGAUGAAGAAGAAAGAAGACUACCGUAACAGCCACAACUUCGUUUCGUCAAACAUCAAGAAAGUACUAGAACUGAAAUCGAAGAUUCCCGAAAAAAAGGUCGCUUUCAAUAACAAAGGUGAUUCGAGACCUCUUAUCAGGGAAGUAGAUCCUAUUUAUAUCUACUCCAAAUAUUAUGGGAAGACGCCUCCAUACCUGCAGAACUACAUCGAAAAUCAGCACAAGGAACAUUUGAUGAAGCGAGAUACCGAAGGGGUGGAACAACCAAAAUGCCGUUAUAUAACAAGGGAGGAUAGAGAAAAACUAUUGGAGGGUUUGAAACAAAAUUGGGAAGAGUUGCAGAAGCAAUAUCAAGGAUUGCCAAUACUCACCGAUACCAUUCCCAAGAAAAUAAGAAAAACGAAGAUGGAAGAAGAUUUGAAGCAACUAGAAAAAGAUAUAGGUCUGGUCGAGAGACAUCCGUAUAUCUAUGUGUAUGAUGACGACUCUUAUUUAACGAAAAAAUGAUAUACCUACUUUUUUAUCUAAUAAAAUUAAUUUACUACUA